AGUUGGAUGCUUUCAACUGAGCAACUCAGGCGCCCCUGUUAAAUUCAUUUCUAAGAACUUUUUGUUUGUUUGUUUGUGGAUUGCUCAGUGCUAUUGUGUACAAGUUCAUUUGCUGUUAAUGUAUUGAUCUUGUAUCCUGCAACCGUGUUGCAAUCAUUGAUUAGUUCUGAUGUUUGUUGUCAUGUUCCUAAGUAUAUUCUACAUAGAAGCUCAUGUCAUUUUACCACUUUAUUUCCAAUCUGGAUGACUUUUAUUCCAUUUUAUUGCCUAAUUUCCCUUUCUAGGACCUUCGGUUCGACAUUAACCGUAAGUGGUAAGAGUGGUGUAAGGGCAUAUACAAAUGAAAAAUAAGAGGCUUCAUAUUCUGCUAAAAAUGAAGAGACAUCCCUCCUUGUAGAUUAUUUUCUUUGUAAAGUUGUAAAUUCUUUGUCUGCGCUUUUGAGACUGAACCAUAAAUCUUCUUAAAUGUCUCUUGGCAGUUUUACAGCCUAGAAUGUCUUUCCCAAGGACCUCAGAACCAUCUGUUUGAAAUGUAAUAGGGAGCUGGCACUUCUGUCUCCCAGAGUCUGUGAGAGCGUAGAAGCCUAAACUUUGGUGGUUGGGGUCUUGAUCCAAGUUGCAAAACUACCUCCUGUCAUAAAGUUAGGAGAAGCUUGUUUUUUUAACUUGUAAAACCAAUAAACUAACACAGGUGGUCAUCCAAUUACCAGGCAAAUUUAGGGCAAACAAUGUGUGAUAAAUGAUGAUGUGAAGUCCUCCUACUUGAGAAGUAGUUAUUGUUUAUUUUUGCAACAUUUAUGUGAUGGGAUGUAUCUCCUUGGCUGUAAAAAAGGGUGAGAUUUCUUUCUGUCCUUGGAUUGUCUUUGAUAUAUAUCCCACCAUUCAAUGAUAAAAUUGUUUUAUUUGUCUUCUGCCUGAGUGGUUAAGUUUUCUAGGUUCAGAGAGGAUGUUUAAAAUUUUUUUUCAACAUUUAUUUAUUUUUGAGAGACAGAGCAUAAGUGGGUGAGAAGCAGAGAGAGAGGGAGACACAGAAUCCCAAGCAGGCUCCAGGCUCUGAGGUGUCAGCACAGAGCCGGGCCUUGGGCCUCCAACUCAUGAACUGUGACAUCAUGACCUGAGGCAAAGUCCCAUGCUUCACCGACUAAGAAACCCAAGCGCCCCAAGAUUUUGUUUUCAAUUAUAUUUCCCUAACAAUUUAAGGAUGGGCUGAGUCUGGUGAAUCCUGACCACUCAUAAUGCUAAAUUGAUUAUGCUUUCUCAUCAAUGAACGUCUCAAAGGACGAAGAAUGAAAUAAGACAGGGAUGACUACUGUCGAAGUUAUGUUAUAACAUAAAUGGAACACAGACUGUCCCUGGAAGAAAUUCUGCAGGUGCAUUCUACAAAAGAUGGAACGGCUAGGAGAGCCAAUUCAUUAAGGAAACAAUUAAUGAAAGAGGUGUGUAUUUAGAUACUCAUUUCGGAUAAACAAUGAGUCAGACUGUAGUCUCAGUGUCUCCUGCUUGUACCUUAUUUGCUAAAUCGGGCAGUUGUACCCAACGUCUCCUAAGUCUGAUGCCUGAUUCCCAACAAGGUUGCGCCAGGAAUUUGGGAAAAGGCCCGCACUAGCGGGUCCGCCACAUGAGCCGCUCUGGGCCUUCUGCGCAUGUGCACUGCGCCCCUCUCGGUAUUUCGCGUCAGCGGCCUCGGGAGAAGACGGUCCCGGAUGCUUCAGUUGCCGAGUACCGAGGCGCAGGCGGAGAGGACGCGAUGGUCGAGCCCCCGGGUGGCUGUGGUUGAAUGUGGGUGACCCGUGGGACGGAGGCCCCGCGCGGGAGGGGCCGGUGAGGGAGGAAACGGCUCGGUGCCUGAGCGCGGGGUGAGUCCUGCUCUGUCUGUAUGCAUCGAAUGCGAACCAGCGCGUCCCCGCGCUUGUCACCCAGCGAAGGUUCGUGUUUUCGUCUCCGAGGUGAAGGGUCGCCCGAGGCCUCAGGAUUAUUGUCAUUCGGGGAUGUGACUGUGGGCUUCACUGAGGAGGAGUGGCAGCGCCUGGACCCUGCUCAGAGGACCCUGUACAGGGACGUGAUGCUGGAGAACUACAGCCACCUUGUCGCAGUGGGGUUAUCCAUUCCUAAACCAGAAGUGAUCCUCAAGUUGGAGCAAGGAGAGGAGCCAUGGAUAUUAGAGUCCCCAGGCCAGAGUGACCCAGUUUUAUAGGGCAGGAGCAUUCAGGAGCCACCAGGCAGGCCAGCUCUUUUAGGACCUCAUUUCUCCUGUAACUCAGGACAUCACCAGAGUUGUCUACACUUUUCCAAGGCAGCAGAAAAUGAACAAAUCCCAGGUAAGUUGUUCAUUCCCCACAUUAUUUUGCAGUGGACUUGGUGAGAUUUGUAAGAGUCCCAUACUAAUGGGAAAUUAGCAAUAGAUAGAAAUCUACCUUUACAGAAGAUACAGAGUCACAGAUCAAUAGCAAGGCUAAGAUGGCUUGUAGAUGCAUGCUGAUCAUUCUAUAUUUUAGAGUUUCUAAGCUGACCUACAAAUAACAUCUCUGUUUCUGAAAACCAUGGAGAAAGGAAGACAGUCUUUCGGAUACAGACAGAGUUUUUUCAAGACACAGACUUUUUGGAUGAUAUCAAAGAAGUUUUGGUGUUAACGUAGGCACACAUAGUGAAUAACCUUCCUGUGACAGCCCUGAAAUGAGUGCCUAAAACUAUUCCUCACUGAAAGUAAAAGGGUUCAAGAGCUAGUUCAAGCAGUUAAUUUAAUGAUCGUCUUGUUCGAUCCUGGUAUAAAACCUGAUAUGUUUAGGGGCGCCCAGGUGGCUCAGUAGGUUGAGCUUUCGAGUUUGGCUCAGGUCAGGAUCUCACACUCCGUGAGUUUGAGCCCCACGUCAGGCUCUGUGCUGACAGCUCAGAGCCUGGAGCCUGCUUCAGAUUCUGUGUCUCCCUCUCUCUCUCUCACACUCCCCUGUUCAUGCUCUGUCUCUCUCUGUCUCAAAAA